AUGAAAAAAUUUAAUAUGCUUAUUUGGAUUUUUUGCAUUGUUCUUCUACGUGGUCAUGCAUUGUAUACUGAUGAGAUACAACAAUUUUACAGAGACGAUAGUAAUGUUCAAGUUAUUGAGCCUAAAUCUCAGACACCCUCCAAUGUAAACACAUUUUAUAAUGUUAUUGCUCAAGAUGGUGCUGAUCCAUGGGUAUAUAAACAUACAGAUGGAUUGUAUUAUUUCACAAGAACUACAGGUGGUGAUGUUCGAAUUUGGCGAUCACGUAGUUUUACAUCAAUAGAUGCUGGUGAAAGUCGAAUUGUGUGGAGAUCACCGAAUUCGGGUCCAGCAUGUCGGGCUGUUUGGGCUCCGGAAAUACAUUUUAUUCAAUCAAGUUGGUAUAUCUACUUUGCUGCAACAACAUGUGAUGAUAAAAAUGAAAAUCAUCGUAUGUUUGUCAUUGAAAAUACUAAUGCAGAUCCAUUUACUGGUACAUUUACUUGGAAAGGACAAAUUACAGAUGUAACUAAUAAAUGGGCUAUUGAUGGAACUGUACUUCAACAUCCAUCAGGUCAACUCUAUUUCAUUUGGUCUGGUUGGCAAGGAGAUGUCAAUGAAAGACAAAUUUUAUACAUAGCUCAAAUGUCUAAUCCAUGGACAAUUAGUAGUUCAAGAGUUGAAAUUGCAAGACCAAUAUAUAAUUGGGAAACAAAUCAUUUUCCUUAUAUUAAUGAAGGUCCACAAGUAACUAUAAGAAAUGGUAUUAUAUCACUUGUUUAUUCAGCAUCUGGAUCAUGGACAAAUGAUUAUUGUCUUGGUUUGAUAACAGCAUUUAUAAAUAGUGAUUUAUUGAUAGCAUCUUCAUGGAACAAACAUCCACAUCCAAUAUUUCGUUCUGGUAAUUCUAUUUAUGGACCUGGACAUCAAAGUUUUACAAAAUCUCGAGAUGAUCGAGAAGAUUGGAUUAUUUAUCAUUCAGCACGAUAUAGUGGUUCAGGUUGGACGAGACAAAUUCGUGCACAACAAUUUACAUGGAAUAUGGAUUCAACACCAAAUUUAGGUUCACCAGUAAAUCCUAAUAUACCAAUACAUAUACCAUCAGGUGAUCAAAAUCGAGAUCGAUAUGAAGCAGAAUAUGCACGUCAUUUUAAUGGACCUUAUGCACAUCCUCAUUCAAGUGCAUCGAAUGGUUUCAAAAUGGGAUAUAUUGAUUAUCCAGAUAGUAUUGUUCAAUUUACUAUACAAUGUCCAAAAGCUGGAACAUAUGUAAUUGUAAUUCGAAAUGCAAAUGGAUCUGCAGGAAAUGGUCAUGCUACUCAUUGGUUAACAAUUAAUGAUGUUAGUCAAAUUGAAAUACCAAUUGUUAAUAGUGGAUGGAAUAUGUGGGGUGCAAGUAUGAUUCGUGUCAAUCUUAAUCAAGGUCCUAAUACUUUAAUUUUCAAGAAAGGAUUAAAUUUUGCUGAAAUUGAUUUUAUUGAUGUUUUUCUUGAUGAAUAA